AUGCAACUUCCUGUUAUCUGCGCUCUGGUCUCAGUUGGACUCAAUGCCGCUUUGAUUUUUGCACAUCCUACUGCCCAUGACCAGAGCACUGAUACUCAGUUAGCAUGCGGACAAGGUGGAUCAUACUUUGACCCUCGAGUCAACGGCGGAUCGAUGCUCGACGCGUCUGGUGGUCUCGGUGAACCAUUGAACGUCAUCAUUUCUGGUCGGAGCAGCCCAGAUGUCCUGGAUGCCACGGGGAAGUUCUACAACUAUGCAAACGCAAUUGGCUUCUCUUACGAGUGCCUCGGGUUCCAUAUUGGCGAUCCGCAACAAGCAAACUUAGGAGACGGUCGUGGUUGGGUCAAUCAAACUGCGGUUAUACGUCAAGACUACGGAAAUUCGGUAUUUGGAACUUGCGAAGAGAGUGUCAUCGGUGGAAAUCAUUUCCGCAUUUAUCCGCAACUGGGUACCUGCGCAUUGUUCUUAGCUGUUUCCAUCGAAGAAAAAGCUUCGACAAACCAUAAUAUUGAACCUAACGGAUACGAUGCGGGAAGGGAUGCUCUCGUCGCUGGUGCUAUCGGGGAACGUCAGUUCGAUGGAGUGAAGUACACUACUACUGCUCAGACUAUCGAAGGACUGCUCCCUGUCGGUACCCAAGGGAUUAAUCACAACAUCGCCAUCGAUGGCAAGGUCAUACUCUUGACCGUGACAAUUCACAAUUGA